AUGGCUGUUUUUGCGUUAUUUUUAGUGUUUCUCUUCGCCAUCACUGGCCAUUCAGAUGCUGCUUAUUGUGUUUGCAAUGAUGGGUUGAGUACUGAUGUUUAUCAGAAGAACAUAGAUUAUGCAUGUGGAGCUGGUGCAGAUUGUACUCCAAUAACGCAAAAUGGCCCUUGUUAUAACCCAAAUACUGUCAAAGAUCACUGCAACUAUGCAGUGAAUAGCUAUUACCAGAAGAAGGGACAAACUCCUAUGAGCUGUAGUUUUUCAAACACUGCAACUGUAUCUCAAUCUCCCCCUUCUUCCUCAACUUCUGGAUGUGUGUAUCCAUCUAGUCCCAGCAACACGGGCACAACCCCCUCCACCAGUCCACCUACCGGAGGAACUCCAACCACAGGAGGCACACCUGCUGGAGGCACCCCCACAGGAGGCACCCCUACGACCAUGGUUCCAGGCACUCCUGCUGGAGGAACCACCUCUGGAGGCACCCCUACGACUAUGGUUCCAGGCACUACAACUGGAUCUCCAGGUUUUGGUCUGGGACCAACUGGAAGUGGCUUCGCCAACACAGACAGCAGUGGCACUAGUGUCACACUAGUUCAAAGCGCUACCUUGUUUAUUUACCUCUUCCUAACCCUUUUCAUUUCAAGCUUGAUGAGCGGUCGAGAUUUCGAGGGUUUCUGA